AUGUGCUCCAGACAGAGCUCCAGAGGCUGCCAUGGGAGCUCCUCCCAGGCCAGUGGAUGCCACAGCAGCAGCAGCUGCCAUGGGGGCAGCUCCUCCAGCUACCAGGCCCAGGGCUCCUCCUGCUGUGGGGGCUCCUCUGGCUACGGCAUGGGAGGAGGCUGCAGCGGUGGAGGAUCAGCCCAGAAGAUCAUCAUCAGCUCUGGGGGAGGAGGAGGAGGAGGCUCCUCAGGCUGCUGUGGUGGGGGAUCCAGUGGGGGAUCUUCAGGAGGGAAGAUCAUCAUCGGAGGUGGAAGCAGUGGGGGAUCCUCAGGCUGCUGCAGUGGAGGCUCCUCAGGCUAUGGCAUAGGAGGGGGAUCCAGCUGUGGUGUGGGAGGAGGAUCCUUUGGUGGAUCUUCAGGAUCAAAGAGCAUCAUUGGGGGUGGAAGCAGUGGGGGGUCCUCAGGCUGCUGUAGUGGAGGCUCCUCAGGCUAUGGCAUAGGAGGGGGAUCCAGCUGUGGAUCUUCAGGAGCAAAGAUCAUCGUUGGAGGUGGAAGCAGCGGAGGAUCCUCAGGCUGCUGCAGCAGUGGAUCCUCAGGCUAUGGCAUUGGAGGAGGAUCCUUUGGUGGCUCUUCAGGAUCAAAGAGCAUCAUUGGAGGUGGAAGCAGUGGAGGAUCCUCAGGCUGCUGCAGUGGAGGCUCCUCAGGCUAUGGCAUAGGAGGAGGAUCCAGCUGUGGCAUUGGAGGAGGAUCCAGCUGUGGCAUUGGAGGAGGAUCCUUUGGUGGAUCUUCAGGAUCAAAGAGCAUCAUUGGGGGUGGAAGCAGUGGAGGAUCCUCAGGCUGCUGCAGUGGAGGCUCCUCAGGCUAUGGCAUAGGAGGGGGCUCCAGCUGUGGCAUAGGAGGAGGAUCCAGCAGUGGUUCUUCAGGAUCAAAGAGCAUCAUUGUGGGUGGAGAGAGUGGAGGAUCCUCAGGCUGCUGCAGUGGAGGCUCCUCAGGCUAUGGCAUAGGAGGAGGAUCCAGCUGUGGCAUUGGAGGAGGAUCCAGUGGUGGAUCUUCAGGAGGGAAGAUCAUCAUUGGGGGUGGAAGCAGUGGAGGAUCCUCAGGCUGCUGCAGUGGAGGCUCCUCAGGCUAUGGCAUAGGAGGAGGAUCCAGCUGUGGCAUUGGAGGAGGAUCCAGUGGUGGAUCUUCAGGAGGGAAGAUCAUCAUUGGGGGUGGAAGCAGUGGAGGAUCCUCAGGCUGCUGCAGUGGAGGCUCCUCAGGCUAUGGCAUAGGAGGGGGCUCCAGCUGUGGCAUAGGAGGAGGAUCCAGCGGUGGUUCUUCAGGAUCAAAGAGCAUCAUUGUGGGUGGAGAGAGUGGAGGAUCCUCAGGCUCCUGCAGUGGGGGCUCCUCAGGCUAUGGCAUGGGUGGGGGAUGCAGUGGGGGCUCUUCAGGAGGCCAGAUCAUCAUUGGAGGUGGGAGUGGUGGUGGAGGCUCCUCUGGCUGCUGCAGUGGAGGAUCCAGUGGUGGUUCCUCAGGCCACACCAUCAUCAUCAGCUCUGGUGGGGGUGGGGGAGGCUCCACGCAGCAGAAGUGUCCCAUCGUGGUUCCCAGCAUGGGGUCCCACCAGAGCAAGCAGCCCUGCAGCUGGCCCUACAGCCAGCAGAAGUAA